AUCACCUGUACGAUUCUGUUUUGUGGAGUCACGACGCUACUAUCUGGAAUACAGCUUAUAAAUACAGCUGUUAUUUGUUGCGAUUAGCACUAUUAACAUUUCGCCAGUUUAGAGCAGCCAAAUUAACUCAGAAAUGGCGACCAAAAAACUGGAUGCUAUCAUCUUCGGAGCCUCCGGAUUUACCGGAAAGUACACAGUUUUCGAGGCAGUCAGCGUGCUAAAGGGCCUGCAAUGGGGCAUCGCCGGUCGCAACCAGGAGAAGCUGCAGUCGGUGCUUCAGGAAAUGGGUGCAAAGUCCAAGACGGACCUUUCCCAAACGCCCAUCGUAAUUGCGGACGUGAACAACGAGGCAUCACUUAUAGAGAUGGCCAAGCGCUGCCGAAUUGUAAUCAAUACGGCCGGACCGUAUCGAUUCUAUGGAGAAAAAGUGGUCAAGGCCUGCAUUGAGGCCGGCACCCACCACGUGGACGUCAGCGGAGAGCCUCAGUACAUGGAAACGAUGCAGUUGAGAUACAAUGAUCUUGCCAAGGAGCGAGGCGUAUACGUGAUCAGUGCUUGUGGUUUUGAUUCCAUUCCCGCUGACAUGGGAGUCACCUUCGUAGAAAAGAACUUCGACGGAGUGGUCAACUCGGUGGAAAAUUUUGUCCACAUGGGUGCUAAAGGUGGCACCAAGGGAACAGGCAGUGCGGCCCUCAACACCGGCACUUGGGAAAGUGCCAUUCACGCCAUCGCCAACCGGAGCGAGUCGGUAGCCAUCCGCCGAAAGCUAUUCCCUGAACGUCUGCCCAAGUUCCAUCCAGAUCUGAAGGCACGAUCGCCGCUUUCUCGUGCUGCCGAGGUGGACAAUAAAGUGAUCCUACCCUUCCCUGAAACGGAUCGCUCGGUGGUAAUGCGCUCUCAGCGAUUCCUUUACGAGCAGGAGAAGAAACGUCCGGUUCAGAUGCAGGCCUACAUGACCUAUCCCUCGUGGUUUGCGGCCAGUAUUGUUGUAUUUUUCGUUUCUAUCAUUGGAAUUAUGGCCAAGUUCUCCUUUGGCCGCCAGCUGCUGCUCAAGUACCCCGGCGUCUUCUCCGGUGGCAUGGCAUCCCGUGAGGGCCCAAGCGAAGCCAGGAUGGAGCGUUCCUUCUUUAAAAUGACCAUGAAAGCCACUGGCUGGCCCAAGACCGAGAAACUUGCAGAGACCACUGAUCAGUACAGCUCUCCACCAACGAAGACCUUGACCGUAAGCAUUACAGGUCCCAACCCCGGGUACGGAUCGACCUGUGUAGCCCUGCUCUCCACUGCUAAGACCAUCCUCAAUGAAAGUGACAAAAUGCCCGGAACCGGCGGUGUCCUGCCACCAGGAGCUGCCUUCCGAGGAACGAGUCUUAUCAACGAGCUGGAAAAGCACGAGCACGGCAUUAAGUUCGAGAUUGUGGCUAACAAGUAAAACAACGGUGUAUAAACUAUGAAAUAUAUAUCUGUGAAAAAUAAAAGUAUUUAUAACAUAUCACAGAUAUGUUCUUA